UGAGUCUCUCCGCCCAUUCCCCUCUUUAUGCGUCACUUCCGAUGCGGCGCGGGAAGGCAUCGGAAGUUGCUCCAUAGCGGCCGCGGCAGAAGGCGUUCGGUGGCGCCAUGGUGGAGGAAGUCCAAAAACAUUCUGUGCACACACUUGUGUUCAGGUCUUUGAAGAGAACCCAUGACAUGUUUGUAGCUGAUAAUUCCAAGCCUAUCCCAUUGGAUGAAGAAAGUCACAAGGUGAAAAUGGCAGUCAAGCUGCGCACAGAGUACGGCUCAGUGCUACACAUGCCUACUCUCAAAGAGAACUUGAGGGAGAAAGGAGGCCCCAACACCGGGGAUCCCUAUGGACACAAAGAGUAUUCUGGAAAUCAAGGACAAGAGGUUGAGUAUAUGGUAACUGGUACACACCCAUACCCAUCUGGGCCUGGUGUAGCUUUGACAGCAGAUACUAAGGUCCAGAGGAUGCCAAGUGAAUCUGCAGCACAGUCCUUAGCUUUAGGUCUUCCUGCUUCCCAGUCCAGGCUGGAUGCAAACCAGACAGCUGCUGGUGUGGGUGACAUUUACAGGCAUGCUGGAAUAUCCGAGCGUUCACAACCUCCUGGGAUGUCUGUGGCUAUGGUGGAAGCUGGUGGAAACAAAAAUUCUGUGUUAAUGCCAAAGAAGGCUCCAACUAUGCCCAAACCUCAGUGGCAUCCACCUUGGAAACUGUACAGAGUUAUCAGUGGUCACCUGGGCUGGGUGAGAUGUAUCGCAGUAGAACCAGGAAAUCAGUGGUUUGUUACUGGCUCUGCUGACAGAACCAUAAAGAUUUGGGACCUUGCCAGUGGCAAAUUGAAAUUGUCUUUGACGGGCCACAUCAGUACUGUACGAGGGGUGAUAGUAAGCACAAGAAGUCCAUACCUCUUUUCUUGUGGAGAAGACAAACAAGUGAAAUGCUGGGAUCUUGAAUACAAUAAGGUUAUCAGGCAUUACCAUGGGCAUCUAAGUGCUGUCUAUGGCUUAGAUUUGCAUCCAACAAUAGAUGUGCUGGUGACAUGUAGCAGAGAUUCAACAGCACGAAUUUGGGAUGUAAGGACGAAAGCCAGUGUGCACACACUGUCAGGACACACAAACGCAGUAGCAACUGUGAAGUGCCAAGCUGCAGAACCACAAAUUAUUACAGGCAGUCAUGAUACUACCAUACGGCUCUGGGACUUGGUGGCAGGAAAAACUCGUGUUACUUUAACAAAUCACAAGAAAUCUGUAAGAGCAGUAGUGCUACAUCCAAGACAUUACACAUUUGCAUCCGGUUCUCCAGACAAUAUUAAGCAGUGGAAAUUCCCAGAUGGAAACUUCAUUCAGAACCUCUCUGGUCACAAUGCUAUUAUAAACACACUGGCUGUAAAUUCCGAUGGUGUUCUCAUCUCAGGAGCUGAUAAUGGUACUAUGCACCUUUGGGACUGGAGAACUGGAUACAAUUUCCAGAGAGUACAUGCAGCUGUCCAGCCAGGUUCUUUGGACAGUGAAUCAGGAAUAUUUGCUUGUGUUUUUGACCAGUCAGAAAGCAGAUUGCUAACAGCUGAAGCUGAUAAAACCAUAAAAGUGUAUAAAGAAGAUGAUACUGCGACUGAAGAAACCCAUCCUGUCAGCUGGAAACCAGAAAUUAUCAAGAGAAAGCGAUUUUAGUGCAGCAGCAUACUACUUCUGUAAUUUUGUUUUGGCUUUCCUGAGAACAUUCAAUCACAUUUUGUUCUGCCUAGAACAGCAGUGCAAGAAGUCAGCUAAGUCACUGCUAUUUCAACAUGUUUUAUAAUAAAUUUUAUUUCUCUUUUC